GUACAGUUCGUACGGUAACUGAGGAAACACCAAGAGCAGUCUGUCCGGCCCCGCUGCCUGACAGCCCCAGCCCAAAUUCAACGAUUCAUCCGAUGGCGUUUGAGAAACGAAGAGCAAUUCCACUCGCAAGCGGUUUGAUUGGCGGCAGCGAUUCCAAGCCGUGUUUUCUUGAUCCGAAAAUGAAGUUGAGCUCCAGCUUUCCUCAGUCUCCAGCCACAGCCGAUGCAUUUCUUCUGUCGCUUCCCCAUAUCGGCCGAGCCGAUGCAGCACUUCCCUGUGAUGCGGCACCAUUUUAUGGAUUCUGACAUGGACUAUGAGAGGCCAAAUGUCGAGACUAUCAAGUGUGUGGUGGUUGGAGACAAUGCAGUUGGAAAGACCCGUCUUAUCUGUGCCCGGGCCUGUAACGCAACGCUUACACAAUACCAGCUACUUGCCACACAUGUGCCCACUGUCUGGGCAAUAGAUCAGUACAGAGUCUGCCAGGAGGUUCUAGAAAGGUCCAGGGAUGUGGUGGAUGAUGUCAGCGUGUCCUUGCGUCUCUGGGACACUUUCGGUGACCAUCACAAGGACCGCAGAUUUGCGUAUGGCAGGUCUGAUGUGGUGGUGUUGUGCUUCUCCAUUGCAAACCCAAACUCACUCCACCAUGUGAGGACGAUGUGGUACCCUGAGAUCAAGCAUUUCUGUCCCAGAGCUCCUGUUAUCCUAGUGGGCUGCCAGCUAGACCUGCGGUAUGCUGACCUGGAGGCAGUGAACAGAGCUCGCCGGCCACUGGCCAGACCCAUUAAAUCCAAUGAGAUAUUGGCGCCAGAGAAAGGCCGUGAGGUGGCUAAAGAACUAGGCGUCCCUUAUUAUGAGACCAGCAUAGUUGCUCAGUUCGGGGUUAAGGACGUUUUCGACAAUGCUAUCCGAGCAGCCCUCAUUUCCCGUCGUCAUCUCCAAUUCUGGAAGUCACAUUUACGAAAUGUUCAAAGGCCACUCCUCCAAGCCCCCUUCCUUCCCCCAAAACCCCCUCCACCCAUUAUCACCGUUCCCGCCCCUCCCAGUAAUAUCGAAGAGCACGCUAGUCGGCUGUUGGAGGACCCGCUCUGCGCAGACGUCAUCUUAGUCCUCCAGGAAUGCCAGAGGAUCUUCGCCCAUCGCAUCUACCUUGCCACAUCCUCCUCCAAGUUCUACGACCUCUUCUUGACCGAACCUCGGGGUCCUGAGGAGAUCGAACGAGAGCGAGAACGACCCAGAGGGCCACCGUUUUCUGGCCGUGAUUUGCUGAUGCGCGCAGCUAGUUUUGACGUUUGUGAAAGUAGUGACGAUGGAGAUAGAGCAAACUUGCGUGCCUGCACCAGUGAUGGAACUCUAAAAGGCGACGGAGAUCGUCGCGGUCGUCUGCUCCCAGCCUUGAGUCGUGCUUUCAUUAGCAUCCAAGAAGAAAUGGUGGAUGACCCCGUCACCUUCAACCCUAGAAAAAUGACCGUUGUUCACAUGGACCCUUCAAUGCAGCCCGGUCCAUUUCGAUCGGUGUUGCGGUACCUGUAUACAGGUAAACUAGAUGAGCGGGAGAAGGAGCUAAUGCAGGUGGCCCACAUCGCAGAGCUGCUGGAAGUGUUUGACCUGCGUAUGAUGGUGGCUAAUAUCCUGAACGAUGAGGCCUUCAUGAAUCAGGAGAUCACCAAGGCCUUUCAUGUGAGACGCACCAAUCGAGUGAAAGAAUGUCUGGCCAAAGGGACCUUCUCUGAUGUGGUGUUCAGGUUGGAUGAUGGCACCAUCAUGGCCCAUAAACCACUGCUUAUCUCAAGCUGUGAUUGGAUGGCAGCCAUGUUUGGUGGACCAUUUGUGGAGAGUUGUACAAAAGAGGUGCUGUUUCCUAACACUACGCGGAGCUGCAUGCGUGCUGUGCUGGAGUAUCUCUAUGCUGGCUGCUUCUGCUCUCGCCCAGAUCUGGAUGCCAUGGAACUCAUUGUUCUUGCAAACCGUCUCUGUCUGCCUCACCUGGUAGCGCUGACAGAGCUGUACACUGUGAAGGUACUGACAGAAGCUGCCAUGAUGGGAGCUGAUAUAGAUGGAGAUGUUCUGCUCUAUCUGGACAUGGCCCAGUUCCACUGUGCUCAUCAGUUGACUGACUGGUGCCUCCAUCACAUCUGCACCAACUACAACAGAGUCUGUCGCAAAUUCCCUCGAGACAUGAAGGCCAAAUCUACAGAUAACCUGGAGCACUUUGAGAAACAUCGCUGGCCUCCAGUGUGGUAUCUAAAGGAAGAAGAUCACUAUCAGCGGGCUCGCAAGGAGCGUGAGAAGGAAGAUUACCUGUACCAAAAGCGUCAGUGUAAACGCAAGUGGCUCUUCUGGAAUCUACCGUCCUCCAAUUCUCCGUCUUCUGGUUCUUCUGCAGUCAUCUGAUCGGCUCUCAGGGUGCAUGACCCACCUAACAGCCAUAAAUGUGGGAUAUAAAAACAAGGAAUGAUAACCUUUUUCAACUCUAUAAGAUGACCUAUUCACAUUUUCUGUUGAGCAAAAUGCCCAAGCCCUGCUUUUAGCUGCUGAAGAACAAGCAAAAAUGAAACAGGACAGGAACACAAGGCUUUGACUAAAAGCACACUGCUGAGUCUUUCUACUGGUUGGAUUUUUCAUCAAAUCAAAUCAGCUUUGACAUCCUCCUGUGACAUCAUAUCCUGCGGUAUUAGAGCGCUGCACAGUUUGCUGUUAACAGACAAUCUUUGCUCAGCAUCGGUUCCCCAAACAUAACCAUAUCUUCAUCUGUAUAGAAACAUGCAUGGCAGGACUGCACAUAUUCAUAACUUGAAAUGCUAAUAAGUGCUUUUCAGCUCUAAAGGACAAGAACACCGGAACGUUUUAGAGCAACCAGCAAAUAUAAUCUACAAUCAAACCACUUCAACAGACCGAUGUUCUCAAGAUUCAAAUGGUGUCCACCGUUCAACAUCUAAAGGUAUUAUUAAUUUAAAAAUUGAUGGUUCGUGGAGUGCCACAAGUGGACGUGACUCCACAGAAGCGCAUCAGUCCAUAGCCAUGUUGUAGGUUGAAUGUGAGUUAAGCUCCGUUGACAGCAUCUGGAAUAACGUUGAUUACCACAGAAAAUGAUAAUCAUUGGUACUUUAAGGCAUUUACAAUGGAAAAACACAGGGCCAGGAAAUAGACAUUAAAAAUGCAUACUGUACAGACAAAGUACAAGACUUAAAGUUGCAGUGAAGUAGCGACUUUUCUUCUGAAUUGAGACGCACAUCUGAAUGAAAUGGAUUAUCGAGAAAAAAAAAG